UGACGAAAGUUGGCAGACUGAUCUCAACUGUUGGCAUCGGAAGAUGUUUUCACUCUCGUCUCUAUUCAUUUUGUUAAUCAAUUUGACUUUUCUGUGGUGCUACGUUGUAGAGGAUACAACGAGUGCUGUUGAUAAUUGGCAAUUACAACGACCUGUAAUUACUUUCGAUCCAUCGGAUAAACUCUCCAUCGUCGAGGGAGAGCGUGCUAAAGUUACAUUUGUGAUCAAGGAAAGUAACAUUACGUCUACAUCUUCGUCCGAAUUAAUGGAAAAAGUGGUACUCAGCGUUAGAAUAAGCGCCGUUCCCGAAAAAACAAACAUUAUAGAAAUUAUAGGGAAUACAACGAGGACGAUGUGUUUGCAUUCCGGGGAGGAAAAAAAUCACUCGUUUACUGUUAAUGGAAUCUUUUUAGGUUACUCUAAAGUUUAUAUUACUUUGUAUCCUUUCGGUGGCGAUUGUAUCGACAACGCGACAACAAAAAAUUAUCAAAAUAACAAAGAUUGGUACGGAAAAGACGAUGCGGUUGAAGUGGUUCCUACCACUAUAUAUAAAUAUGAUUAUUUGGUGAGUGUUUCUCCUCGUCCUUCCCUCUUAGCUGACCUAUUUACGGGACUUAUGGCUUUAAUUAUAUCAAUUAAUUACAUAAAUAUGGGGUGUCAACUAGAUUUAAAAUCUAUUUGGGAAGUGUUAAAGAAGCCGGUGGGACCAAUUAUAGGAUUCUGUUGCCAGUUCAUCUUCAUGCCUUUGGCAUCUUACGGGAUAGGAUAUUUAUUAUUUGAAGAUACAAAUCUUCGUCUUGGACUUUUUACACUUGGUUGUUCUCCGGGAGGAAGCAUGAGCAAUUUCUGGACACUUUUAUUUAAUGGAGAUCUGAAUUUAAGCGUUACCAUGACUUUUAUUAGUACGGUAGCAGCUCUAGGUAUGAUGCCUCUAUGGAUAUUUACAUUAGGAUCGAGUUUAUUUAGAAACGGAAAAGUAACGUUACCAUAUCUGAAUUUAUUUGGUUCACUGGUUUUAUUGACGUUACCCAUUGGAAUAGGGAUGCUAAUUCGGAAAUAUAAAACAAAAUGGGCCAAUUUUUCCGAUAAAAUAAUACGCCCCUUUACCAUUGUUUGCAUCUUGUUAGGAAUCGGAGUAGGUUGUUACGUUAGUCUUUAUAUUUUAUUAAUGUUUACAUGGAAAAUCGUUUUAGCAGGUUUGGCUGUCGCGUGGGGUGGUUAUACUUUCGGUGCUCUAGCAGCUUGGAUGAGUAGACUCGAACGAAGACAAAUUAUUGCUGUGGCAAUAGAAACAGCGUUUCAAAAUGGAGGAGUGGCAUUCGUUUUAUUACUUUUAUCUCUACCUCAACCGGAUGCUGCGUUAACGGCUGUACCAGUCGUAGCUCAGUUAUUAGUAACUGGUUUACCCAUGUGGUUUAUAUUACUUGUUACGAAGUUGGUUACUUGUUGUAGAAAAUGUUCAGACAAAAAUAACAACGUAGAAAAGAAACCCAUCGAGGAUAAUGAAAAUAUUAAAACUCCCGAAAAACUUAGUAUAGAAACAAAAAUGUAGUUAGUAAAAUAGAAUUUAGUGACGGUUAUUCCAGUUUUACCAAUAGAUCUAAUGUUUAAACAGACGAUGACUAAUAUUUAUUCGUCACAGUUGUAGAAAUUUAAUCGGUGAAAGUUGAGAUCUGUAAUAAUGCUACGACAGGAGUAAAGUUUUCGUAAAAGUGAUUUUAUGUAAAAAUUUCGUAAGAUAAGUAUUUUUUAUAUUCAAAGAAUUAUAAAGCUACAUCAAAUCUUGUAUAUAUAAAAAAAGGAUUUUUACAUAUUUUUCGUAUAAAGUAAUAUAAUUUUAUACUUUUACAAAUAUAUAAAAUAUCUUUUUCAAGAAAAAAAAAUAAUAAUAAUUUCGUUUCGAUAAACAAGCUGCACGCACCAACGAAAUUCGAAAUACAAUUAAUUCAAGGAAUUGGUUAAAGUUUUGAUUUUCAAAUUAUUGACAUGUAGUUAAAUGGCAUCAUUGGCUUCAAACAUUAUACAUAUACAAAUGUACUGUACUGUACAUGUUAUACUGUGAUAUACAUACAUAUACAGUAUAUGUAUAGGUAUAGUGUUUGUAUUCAUGUAUUUAUUUAUAUAUGUAUAUACGUAUUUCCUCACUUCCUCUGUGUCGUUUGUUUAUUUUUGUCUUUCGAAACAAACGCUCGAGUCAUAUAUCUUUCGAUAAAUUAAAAGAAAUCAAUAACAAUUGUGCUGAUUAUCUUCGUUAGACAAUUUGACUUCAAAGGAUGUAUGACGUAAACUAUGACGUAAAAUUUACGUAAUCGAACACUUCUACAAGGUAAUGCUUAUUUGUGGGUAGUUUUCUUCAUUAUAACCAUCUAUAAACUGCCCAUCUGCUAUAAUGAGUAAUCAUCCUUCGAACUCUAGUAAUAUUUUAACCUUAAAUAUGGCUUGAAUUGAAAGCUAAAAAGGUUUUCUAUUAUUCGCAUCAGAUAAUAUUGAACACAUUAUUCAAUAAACAUAAUUUUAUGCACGAAAAAGCGUAGGAAAUAUGGUUCCAUUUGAUACAGAGUCAAGUAGAAUUGAAGUAGGUUGGAAAAACUGGUUUUUUUAAAAAAAAACUUUAGCAGUUAACCUGUGUACGAUUUUCUACUGAAUUCUAUUUUAAAACUUCGUGGAUUGCGUUUGUUAACUAUUUAUAUACGUACUGUUCAAUCCUAUAUCAGAGUUUUCUCAUUAUUCUAAAACUAAGUGAUUCAGUCAAAGUAAGAAUUAGCUAAAGUUGUUUAUUCUCUGAAUUUCUAAGAAGCGACAUUAUAUUUUUAAGUAUUUUGAUAACUAAAGUUACCUUGAAAGACUAGUUAAUGAAUUAAAUUAACUGCUAACACGUAAUAAAUAAGUAAUAGAAUUAAUUUUUUUUGAUAAAAGGUUGAACUUAAUGAUGCUUUUAGAAGCUACAUAAUGUAAUUUCGAUUAGGAAUUUUAUUUAUUAAUGCAAUUGGAAAAAUUAUUUUCUCAAUUGUAUUAAUU